AUGCCGAAAAACGCGCGGGUGACCCUUUGCAACGGACCUUACGAAUCCAAUGGAGUAGUAGAACACAGGAACUUCCGCCUGCAGGGUCUUCAGGCCGCUCUGACAGCGCGCGGGUACCAGUGCGUCUUGGAAGACACGCGCGAGUGGAACAUGGUGGAGCUCGUGGUCAACGGGGAGGUCGUCUUCCGCUGUAAUAUAAAGCAGCUGGAGUUUGGUGGAGAUGGACAACUGGACCCUGUUUGCAAAGAAGCUGUUAAUGCUGUGGAGAACGCUUACUGA